CUGGGGUGCAGCGUCCAUGGCUAGCCGAUGGGGUAGGAGCUUUGUCCAGCUCAGAGCAAGGCGAGGCUCUCUCUCUGCGUCUGCGUGGUGGUGGCAGAAACGUGGUGGCAGCCAGGGAGGCAGGAUGGUCUCAAGGUCAUGUGCCGCCAGCAGGCCUGGCAGGGUGUCUAAGACAUAGGCUAGCAGGGAAAUUGCGGUUCUCCAGUCACGCAGGACUUUGGUGGGAAACACAUUGUGGAUUUAUGGCGAUUCCGAAUUUGAAGACCAACUUCUGCCAGGCUCAGCACAACUUCCCUGACAAAUGACCUUGGGGGCGGGCUCUAUGUAAGGUAUUCAACUGUGCCUCGAAUACUCUGGACACUGAGACUAUCCUCAAAAAUAACUGCAAGUAUACUUUCUUUAAUGACUGGUAAAAAAGCAAGCAUCAAGUAAACAAAAGUAGAAGGCUACCACCACCGUUGUUUCGCUCGUGUCUGAAUGUAGGCUCGGUGGGUAAAUUCGGUAUGUCGCUGGAUGGUUUGGAAAUUUGAAGGUACCCAUCUGCAGACACUGAGGCCCAGGCUGAAUUCAAGCAAAUUCUAAAUACUUUUCUGCCUAUCUUGGAGAAGCUUCAUACUGAAUAAACAAGCCGAGUAACAAAAAUAAAAACAAAACAAAACAAUAAUAGACCUUUUGUUGAGCUUAAUGUUCUCAUUUUUUCCAUCAGGCAGGCACGCACGUACACUUUGAUUUGCCAUAAUGCAUCAUGUAGCCCCAGUGGAGAUUUGCUAUAACAACAUGCGUUUUCUGAUAACUCGCAACCCCACCAAUAAUACGAUGAACAAGUUCACAGAGGAACUCAAGAACUACGGAGUGACAACCUUAGUCAGAGUUUGUGAUGCCACAUAUGAUAAAACUCUGGUUGAAAACUGUGGCAUCCGUGUUCUAGAUCUGCCCUACAACGAUGGAGACCCGCCCCCUGAUGAGAUAGUAGAUAAUUGGCUAGACCUGCUAAAGAGCAAAUUCCGGGAGGAGCCUGGUUCCUGUGUGGCAGUGCACUGUAUGGCUGGGCUAGGAAGGGCACCUGUGCUGGUGGCACUUGCUUUAAUUGAAUGUGGAAUGAAGAAUGAAGACGCGGUUCACUUUAUCCGGCAGAAACGAAGGGGCGCUUUCAGUUCCAAACAGCUGCUUUUUUUGGAGCACUACCGACCCAAGAUGAGGACCCGGUCCCGGUCGCGCUUCAGGGAUUCAACCGUGCAUUGCUGCAUCCAGUAGGAGCCAAGCUAAAGGCUUUCUCUACUGUGACGUUGUAAGGACACUCGUAUCUGGAAAGCGCAUCCGAAAUCUUUCCUGUUCAUCAAUGAAUGGUUGAUUCAACUAAUUGGUCCUGAAGCAAACAAUGGAGAAAUGUUUCUAUAAAAUGAGUUAAGAUAAGAAUUAGAAGGAGAAACUAACAUAUGUUUCAGAGCGAGGACAAAGAAAAUCUGGAGCCUGACUCUCGCUUCUGCACGCUAAAGGCACUCUUGAACCCACUCUAAUCAUCUGCUGUGUUGUGACAGAACCAAGCGGCUUCACAAGAGGCUGUGAGUUCACGUAAUCUUGAACUUUCAUUUUCACAACUAUCUUCAAAAUAAAUCUCUUCAUAAAUCACCUAGCCUUGGACAUUUUAUUAUGACAGGAAAAAAAUAAAGCUGGUGUUU